AUGACGAACAAGAAUAAAGGCGGCGCCGUGAAGCGCUCCGCACCGCGCACGACCACGACCACUUCGACCACCUCCUCCACUUCCCACAGCACCCAAGUACCCCCUUCCAAGAAAGCCCGAUUCGAACCCAGCCCUUCAUCUACCAAAUCAACGACCCAACCCAACAAAGUAAACCAGCCAGCACGCGCCGUAGCGAACGACCGAGCCUCUUUCGCGAACGAAGCGCCUACCCGAUUCCUCAUCUCGGCCGGUUCCUACGAACGAUUACUCUACGGUCUUUCCUGUCAACUCCAUCACGACGUCGAAGACGACGAGCCCCAACGAGGCUUACGACUCUCGAUCGAACCUUAUUUCUCUUUCCCGGCGCAUUUAUCGUCGAUCAGGGCACUCGGUUCGAGUUUGUUACCGAGUGCUCGGACGGGUACGGAGAGGAAGGUCGGUGGCAAGUGGUUGGUUUCGGGCGGGACGGACGAGAUGAUCAAAGUGUGGGAUUUGAAGAGGAGGAAAGAGGUCGGUAGUUUGGAAAGUGGGGAAAUGAGAGGUAAGCUUUUUUUGCGAGCGUUUUUGGGAUUCAGCACAGCGGACAGGAAGGGGCUAGAGGGGGAAAGGAGGAAGGAAUUGACAACCCCCCCCCCCUGUUUUCGCUUUACCAGGCACGAUCACGACCCUUUCUUUCGUCCCUUCCCGAGGGAUGCUCAUGUGCGCCACGACCGAUUCGACGAUCGCGCUCUACCGCGUUCGCGAUUGGGUCCUGUUGAGGUCCUUGAAGGGGCAUCAAGGCAAGGUCAAUUCGAUCGACCCCCAUCCCGCUGCGAGGGUCGCGCUCAGCGUAGGAGCCGAUCGCAUGUUGAGGAUGUGGGAUUUGGUCGCCGGUAAGGCCGUGGCGACGAUGAAGAUUGGGAUCGGUACGUUCUUUCCAUUUUCAAAACGAGGAUCGGCCUUUGGGGUGGAAGCGAGGAAAUGACUGAUCCUGUCGAGGUUCCCGGAAUAUAUGUGGCGCGCAGAGGGCGAUCGGGUCAAGUGGAAUACGAACGGGACCAAAUUCGCCAUCAUUUGCAACAACCGCUUAACCGUCUACGGCAUCGUUAGCGCAUUUUUCUUUUCUUUUCUUGGUCUGACCACAUCACUUCGAUUUACUGAUUCCGCUCACCCGUUUUUUAUUUUUAAUCUUUGAAAAACCCCCUCCUGAACAGGAUAUGAUCAUUGAACACACGCUCGUUUCCGCCUCGCGGUUCCAAGACGUUCAAUUCACUUUUUACCCGCUCGAUAAAUCGGCGACUUGCCAAAAAGAAUUCAUGUUCGUCGCUUCGGACGACCAUACGACCCACGUUUACGACGUCAGUCAAGCUUCGGUACCGAAGGAGGAAGAAGGGGAAGAAGGGGAAGAGGAACGGGUUGUGGAGAGGUCGACGUUGGAGAAGGAGGCCGUGUUGAAGGGGCAUACGAAUCGGGUCAAGGCGAUCGAUUUACUCGAAGUGGCCUUACCUACCCAAUCGAACGCUCGGAGCAACGAGGAGGAGCCGAGUUCGACGAUGAUUUUGACGUCCGUUUCGUCCGACGGUCAGAUUCUGUUUUAUGAUUUGGCGCGAUUGGUUGCGGAGCGGGGGGGAGAUGAGGGACCGGUUAGGGAGCUCGAACCGCUCGGUAGGUGGGAUACCAAAGGAUCGAGGUUGACGUGUUUGAGCGUGGUGGGAUUGCCGGAGAAAGGGAAGAAGGAGCAACAAGGAGAGGAAGGGAAGGAAGGGAAAGAGGCGAGUGAUGAGGAGAGUGGGAGUGAGGAAGACGGGGAGGACGGUGUCGAUGUCGAGGGUUUGGAGAGUGAGGAAGAAAAUGAGGAAGACGGAGAAGAGGAAGGUGAAGAAGGGGAAGAGGAAGGGGAUGGGAUUGAAGAAGAAGAAGAAGAGGAGGAGGAUGAAGAAGAGGCAGAAGAGUGA